GUAUGUUGGUCGUUUGAAAUGAACGGCGAGAAUAGAGAAAUUUGCUAAACGCUGAGCAUUUUAAAAGUAUAAGAUGAAGACCUUGAAAAGCGAAAUCCCUUGUCCCGACCGACGUUGGUACGUACUACACUGCUGCAACUUUGGGUAAUAUGCUUCUAAAGGUCCAAAUUUUAUAUUUUGCUGGUGGCGUAUUUUAUAUGAGUAAAAUGAGCAAAAGCAUAGGGGGAAUACUAAAACAAAGAGCCGAGAAAAAAUUGUUUAUCCAAUUAACUCAUAUUUCAUGUAUAUUUAGAACAGAUGCCGGAUCUGGUGUAUGCUGCGAGAACUACGAGGAAGACGAAACAGGAGAAUGCAAUUCUUGCUUGCCUGGUUAUAUUGGACACCUCUGUAAAGGAUCGUGUCCGCUUGGUACAUUUGGAAAGGACUGUGGAGGAAAUUGUUCCCUUAAGUGUGCCCGAGAAGAAUGUGACCGUGUUAAAGGUUGUCUGCUUACAAACACUGCUUCGGUCACAGAUCCAGAUGCGUCAGUUUUUACAACAGUUCCACGACAUCAGAUUUUAAAUAUCUCAGCAACAUCACCGCAAUCUUUAACACCUAUUUCAUCCACCACUAAUAUAACCAAUCGAUACACAGUGUCGUCUUCAUCAAAAGCGCCUAUACCCGAUAGUAAUCCUGGAACUGUGCAGUUCAAUUUCAAUUAUUUGACUGUUGGCGUGGGAGUGUUUAUAGCUGUUCUCCUGCUUGUUAUAAUCAUACAGAAGUGUUUGAAAUCAAAAUCCACACAGCGAAACAUUUCCAAAAGAAAAGCAGAAGAUCACAAUGCACCAGUUGACACUACAGUUACAUCAAGUGAUACCGACACAAAGAAAUAUGGCGGACUUUAUCACUACGGAAACAAAGACCACUUUUAUCAACAAAUGGAGUCUGAUUACCAGGAAAUUGAUCAAUGUCUAGAAAUGGCAAAUAUGACUCCAGGAGGAAGAAAACCACCUGGUACAGAAGAAUCCAGUUUGUCAUCUGAACCUAACGACUCUUAUUUAUCACCAAUAGCCGGAAGUGACACGUAUGUUGAACCAGUGAUACAAGAAGCGUAUAUCGAAACACAGAACUUACAACCGUACUUAGAUUCUCAUAAGAUACCUAAGGGAAGAGAAAAUAGCAGUAAUGAACGUUUUCAUUCUUACAUAGAAGUGGUGGAAUUAGGUGAAAUGAACCCAACAGAAACUAUAAGCCAUACAAAUCCUGAUAACGCACGUCGACUUUCAUCAUCAUAUGAUGACGUCGUGUGGGAGUGUCCGGCCGUUUGUCACGAAAUCGAUGACGAAAAAGACAACUCUUAUCUUGAUGCAGUCUUCUCAUGAUCCUUUAAUCAGCUGAUUACGUGAACAUGUUUCGAGUUAUCGGUAAUACAUGAUGCCAAAUAUACACAGGGACGGAUGUAUUAUGUUGCCCGUUAUUUUCAAUUUCAUCUAUUGAUUAUAGAAUAAAUUUUUAUAUUUCCAA